GCCUUUGGGUUCUUCGCAUAUGAAAGAAAGCAAGUCUAAAAUGAAAAAAAUAACCACAAACGUUUCAACUCCAAAGGAAAAUAAGCAUGUAGUAAAAGCAGUUCAUGAUAGUGGCACAAAGAACUGUAGCAGCAGCAAAAACAGUAAGGACAGCAACAUGAACUGCAAAAGAAAAACUGAAGCCUUCAUGACUGAAGUUGCUAACUAUGCAGAGCACGGAGAUGGUCAGAGCCCCACAAAAGACUUACAAGGCAGUGUUCAAAUGGACAAGAACAUAACAGAGAACAACUCUAGAAAUGUGCCCCAAGACAUCAUUCUGGGACCAGAUAUUGAUCUUGUAACUAACAACCAUGCCUUGAAAAUCCAAAAGGAGAAAGUCAUUGAAAAGUCUGGUGGCAUCACAAGUAACAUGAAUUUACAGAUAUAUGUGACACUGCAAUUACUUCAGAAGAUGCGAGAUGAUACACUCCAUGAGCAUCUUGAACUUGGAGAUCGAAGUGCUGAGUAUGAAAUGGACAUUCAAACAAUCUUGACAGAAACGGAGAUGACGUCUAAAGUAACGUCAAUCCUAAAGAAAUAUGAGAAUAGUUGGAAGAUGAUGGAAGUUGACAAUCCAAUUAGCUCUGAAGAAGGAUGUCAAACCAUGAACAUAAAGAGGAAGAAACUCAAAGAAGCCAUACUUCUACGCAGCAAAUGCCAGCAACUGGGUGACAUGCCGUGAGAGCAACUGGAUUCUUCCAAGAUACAAAGUACUUCCUUCAGUUACCGGUGUUUGUACUCCUAUAUUGGUAGAUAUGUACCAGGCCAGUGUUCACCUUAUGGGCCCAGAUUUCAACAUGAGUGUAGAUGGUGAUAUGAGGGUCACCCCUCAUGAGGCACGGGACUCAGCGGCAUCCAACAUGCUCUCUCGGCUUCAACAGAAGGCAAUGGAAGACUAGGAGAGCAGCAUGUCUCCACACGACCCCUGCUUUGCUGAUACAAAUCACCCUGAUAAUUUGACCAGAACAAUUUCAUUCAGAUUGUUUAGUCGAGCGUUACUACAAACAGAGGCAUUCAGCACACUUGUGGUGUCCAUAUAUGGGCAUGUCCAUGUGUGGAUUUCAUAUGGUUGUAUAUGGAGGAGCAGAUGUAAUUUGAUCUGGACAGCUACAAUGUGGUGGGUUCUGACUCGCUACAUGCUGUUGUUGUCUCUAGUGCCAUUGUAUGGCAUGCUGACAGGCUUCUAGUUGUGGUCGCAAGUCUUGUUCAUAAUGUAGCCUUAAUGAUGCUCUUGUUCCAGUUUA